UAUAUGGGAAGUCAUGGCGCUUUCAGGGUUUAGGGCUCUGUGCAUCUCUGCGAUUCUACCGAUAACCUCGUUACAAAGUGGCCAACUCCUUCGCUCUCUUUCCUCCUCUACCGCCGCCACUUCCGGCGAGUCCAGCGGCGCAAUGGCAGUAAAAAAGGUGACCUUGUCUAACUUUUGUUCGGUUCUCGAGAACCUACGAAUCCGAAUCCGAGAGGCUGAUUUCGUCGCCGUCGAUCUGGAGAUGACGGGUGUGACGAGCGCUCCGUGGCGUGAUUCCUUUGAAUUUGAUCGCUCGGACGUGCGGUAUCUCAAGGUGAAGGAUUCCGCGGAGAAGUUUGCUGUUAUCCAGUUUGGUCUCUGCACAUUUCGGUGGGAUGAUUGCCAGGGUUCUUUCAUUGCCCAACCGCUUAAUUUCUAUAUAUUUCCUCGAAAAGAGCCGUCAGGUGAAGGACCGACUAAUGAAUUUCUUUGCCAGACGACUUCAAUGAGUUUUCUAGCCAAAUACCAGUUUGAUUUCAAUGCUUGCGUGCAUGAAGGAAUAUCUUAUCUAUCCAAAGCACAAGAAGCAGAGGCUCUACAGAAGCUUUGUUCGGGUUAUGAGAAUGGUUUGCUUAAUCUCUCUGGCAAUUUUGAAGAAUCUGCUGAAAUACCUGCAGUGCGAACUGCAGAUGUUCUUUUUACAGAAAGGAUGAAGAUUAGGUUUUGUGAAUGGCGUGAGAAUGUGUUAAAAUACCCAGAAGAUCCCAUUUUAGAAGGGAACCAUUGUAGCUUUAAUAUGGAUUUUCAGAUGGUUUUCUUUAAGAUGCGCCCAGCUAUUAUGCUGAAUGGAUUUACCUCCCACCGGCUAAGGCUGAUUCAACUGGUAUUAAGAAAACACUUCAAGGACCUUCUGUAUUUAUGUGUAAGUGGUGAAAAUUGUUCUUCGCAGAAGCUAGUAGUUUUCACCGACUCUGAGGUGGAUAGGGCAUCUCUUAUGCGAGAGGUCAAAGAAGAUAAACUCAGAAGUGGAAAAGUAAGGAUUCGAUCAGCAGUGGGUUUCAGGCAUGUCAUCGAUCUACUUUCCUCUGAAGAAAAGCUCAUCGUUGGACACAACUGUUUUCUAGAUAUUGCCCAUAUAUAUUCAAAAUUUAUUGGUCCGCUUCCUUCAUCAGUGGAUGAAUUUGCAUUAUCAGUCAACAAGGUACUUCCUCACAUUAUUGACACCAAGCACCUCAUAAGUUGUAGCCCUGUAAUUCAGCUUUUGAUGAAGAAGAAAAAGAAAUCAUUGUCAUCUGCCUUCUCUCUUUUGUGCCCACAAUUUUCUUCUUCGUCCCAGAAUUCUUUUGGUCGUUCAUUUGUUAAAAUUGACGUUCAAUCUGAUGAACUGGGAUUUUCUUCCUGUAACUCAGCUUCAAAGCAUGAAGCUGGCUUUGAUGCUUUUAUGACCGGAUGCGUCUUUGCUCAAGCUUGCAGUCAUUUAGGGAUCAAAUUUGAACAAGGCACCAUCAUAAAUCUUGUAGAAAAUAAUAUUCUGAAGAGCUACAUCAAUAUCUUAUACCCCAGCUGGAACAGUGGAACAGUAAUCAACCUAAGAACAGGCGCAGAGAGUCCAGUUUCGUGUUACAAGCGCAAAUAUCCCAAUAUAAAUUUUACAAGCAUUGCCAUUAUCUGGGGUUUCUCAUCCAUGCUUAAGCCAAAAGAUUUGGAGGAAUGUUUAUGCAGAGUUUUUGGCACAGCUUCAGUGAUCUAUGUCUUUUUUCUUGAUAGAACUGCAGCUCUUAUUCAGUUUAACAAAUCAGAGCUGGUGAAUGAUUUCUUGGUUUUAAAGGAUAUGUUGGAGAAAGACGAUGGCCCGAUACCGGUUUUGCAUCCGCUUGUGAAUCUACUAGCUGGCGGCAACACUCGUGCCGCUGAUUACAAUACUUAUAGGGACAUUUGUAGCUCGUCAGCUUCUAAGAUUUUGUUUGCUGAACAGGCAGAAACGAUUGGGAUCAGAUGGAAGACUAAGAUUAGGCAUGCUUGCGAGGAGACGGUUGAGUUAAACGGCAUCAAAGAUUCAGCAUCGAAAGAGCGAAGUAAUGAUAAUGAUUCAAAGGUGCAAAGUCUUCAGUUUUCUUUUGAAGAGAUGAUGAAUUCUUUAUAAGCUAGCUAGCUGUAUGGAAAGAGAUGUUAAUGAUCAUAUCUGCAAAAGGUAUCGAACGAGGGUGGGAGUUUUUCCUCCAGGUAUUGUUGUGUAAUUAUUUUUUCAUAUUUAUGAUGGAUUUUUAAAGAAAUUUUAGCCUUUUCUUUGAAAUUUUAGUUAAUAUUAAGCAUAAGCCUUGUAGUUUUGAAGGAAUUGGAAGAGGAAAUAAAAAUAUGAAUGAGGUAGGAAUUGCACGACAGUAGUUUUCACCCAGUUGUUUAUCUCAAGAGAAAUUGUGUCUUUUUAUUUACUUGGGAGGAUUUGUGUUCAUGAGCAUCUCAAUUUACAUACCUGGCACCUAAAGCUCAUUUAACCCUUAAAGU